AUGGAAUCCCCUGCAACCCUUGCCAAGAUGCGAGAGCCCUACAAGGACACUGCUCUCCCGCACGGUUGGGUUGGUCUCUUUGAUGCGACGAUAUUUUUCACCAACGGCCGGCCGAGUGGUGUUCUUACCAAGAAGGCCGUUUGCUUGGACGGGCUUUGCAUACGGAUACGCCAGCUUCCAGAUAUUCCAGAGCGCACGCGGGCCUUACGGCGCGUCAUAUCACGUCGUGCCGGCUGCGGACAUUUUUCUGAGGCAUCGCGGAGGAGCGUUGAAGAUGACCGUGACCUUUUCAGGAACACACAUCAACAUAUGCAAGGCACCAUGCAGGUCCCGCCCGCCGACUUACUCGUCGCGCGCCGCGUCCGCGGGAUUCCAGAUCGAGCUGGCCUGUAG